CUACCGCUUCGUAUCUACACCGUCUGUCACAUUUUUCCCCUUUCUCUUUCUUACACUCGCUGAAAAGUCAUUCUUAUCACCUAUCAUCCUUGCAAAACCUGAAUUCACGCCUCUUCGCUUUUGCCAUGCUAUCCUGAUUACCAUCAAUGUGACCGUCACCGCUUCAAGCGGUCUGUCUCAAUCUCAAAUUCUUCUCCAGCCAUUGUCGUGCAGUGCCCCGGAUGAGUUGAUCUCAUCACGCGUGCCCUUUUAAAUCACUCCUCUAUCUAUACACAUUCUUAGCACUGGCUGCGGGAUCCGAAGCCAUGUCGAACAAUGCGGUCUAUGCUGUACCGCAGGUGAAAACCACCUCAACCUCCUCCAAGACGACCUUCCACUUCACCGCAGGGCUCUUCUCGGGCCUUACCUCUUCCAUCCUUCUCCAACCCGCUGAUCUCCUCAAAACCCGUGUACAACAAUCUCAAAACGCCUCCCUCCUUCCAACCCUCAAGGCCAUCCUCUCCUCUCCGAAUCCAAUCCGCAAUCUAUGGCGUGGUACACUCCCUUCCGCCCUUCGCACAGGUUUCGGCUCGGCACUGUAUUUUACGAGCCUCAACGCCCUUCGCACGGGUCUCGCUCAAUCGAAUGGCAUUGCUCCCGUCACCAAUAGCUCCUCCGCACUGCCCAAACUGUCCAACACCGCCAAUCUAGCUACCGGGGCGGCCGCCCGGGUUGCUGCUGGCUUCGUCAUGAUGCCAGUGACCGUGCUAAAAGUUCGUUACGAAUCAGACUACUACGCCUAUCGGAGUCUCUUCAGCGCGGGGCGAGAUAUAGUCCGGACAGAGGGAUUCCGGGGCCUGUUUUCCGGAUUUGGAGCUACAGCGGCGCGUGAUGCGCCGUAUGCAGGACUAUAUGUUUUGUUUUACGAGCAGUUGAAACGGCGACUGGCGGGCUUAUCAGGUUCUUCGUCUGAUCAGCAGCCACUGAAGUCGUCAUCAAUCAAUUUCGUCUCUGGGGGAUUGGCGGCCGGGCUGGCCACUACCAUUACAAACCCGUUCGAUGCGGUCAAGACCCGGUUGCAGCUGAUGCCGGGGCGGUAUGGGAACAUGAUGCGGGCUGUGAGGUUGAUGGUGCAAGAGGAUGGAGUAAGAAGUCUAUUUGGCGGGUUGGGGCUGCGGAUUACGAGGAAAGCGCUUAGUUCUGCGCUUGCGUGGACGGUCUACGAGGAGUUGAUUCUGAGGGCCGAAGUCCAGUGGGGAUCAAAGGGAGAAUAGGCUGUCUGUAGAUUAUAGUAAGGUUCUCUGUUUUAGAUUCCUUAGAAGGGAAGGGGUUAGUUAGGGCCGGAGUUUGUUAUCGUUAUGGGUAUAAAAGGGCCUCGGAUACGGACUGCAUGGGUCGACGUUUGGUCAUCAUCAUCAUCAUCAUCAUCAUCAUCAUCAUCAUUGUAUCAUAUAUAUAGCAACUGUUCAAAUCCCAACUCAUGGAACGAAAAAUCAAAACAUCAU